AUGGGUAUAUGUUUUAUCGUCACUGAAAAAUUUUCUUAGAGGCAGCUUGAAAGUCAGUAAUGGAUAGAAUUAGUUUCUGCUGGAUAAACAAAUCUAAAUGGACUGCCACAGAAUUUUCACAUUGCUUUGGAUAACUGGGAAUUGGGCACAACAAACUGCUUAGGUUGGGGACUGUUUCCAAGGAACAGUAUCUAUUCCAUUUGGUACUUUUACAUUACCUUCUUAAUAGAGAAAACUACCCGCUUUCAAGUCUAGUAAAGAAAUGGGAGUUGAAAAAUGGAAAGUUAUUAAACUUUCCCAAAAACUGAAGCAUACUUUUGUUCCCCUCUUGCUUCCAUUAAAUAUACAGAGAUUCCAGGAGCACAGAGGGACUAAUAAUUAAAGUGGGGCACCAUCCCAUCUCUUUUUCAGACGAAUGUGACACCAUCUCUUCAUUUCACUUUAAGCACUGUGAAAACAUUACUUGCUCACUUUUCCAACCAAAAGAUACACAAAUCUCAGUUCCUUUUUUCUCUAUUAUAUGCUGUGAUGAUUUCAUCAUUGCCACUGUCAACAGCAAUUUAAUAAACACCCAGUUUAGGUAGGUACUGAGCUGGAUGCUGUAAUAGCUACACCCAAAAAAAGAACACGAACCAAAGAGACUUGAGGCACAAAUUCGGCACGAAAGCCUAAUUCAUAUUUUUUUAUUGACUGACUGAUCCUGUAUGAUCUCCUAGGUCCCUCCGAACUCUAAGUGUAUAGAAGCCUAUUCUGAGAGUGUUCAAAUAAAAUAAUCUGUAGGGAGUAAAAAAGGCUUCCGCAAUAGUCAGAGGAUGAAGACUAUUCAGUACUGCAGAAUUCCAUAAAAAUAAAUUGUAAAUUUUCCAAACUCUGUAGCCUGUUUCAUUGUCAAGCAAAAGAGAAUAAGUAACUCCUAUUUGAGAGUUAAAGGAUCGCUCAUUGGUGAGCAAGCUCAGGUGUGGUUCUGGAAAAAAAGCCACGUUCCUAUGGCAACUUCGAAUUGCCCUUUUUAAGUGUUCUCGCUGCCUCCCGCCCUACGUCACUUCCGGUGUUACCUGUGUUGUUACCGGGAGCGGUAAACAAGGCGUGCAAGGAUCUGGAGAGCUGUCGGGAUGCAGCAGAGCGGAGCGCCGGGAGGCCGUGGCUGCGGUCUCUUCCCACUGCUGGCCGUCCUGUGGUUUCAAGGUGUUUACAUCGUCCUUUCCUUGGAGAUUAAAGCAGCUGCCCAUGUGCGGGGUUAUGUUGGAGAAAAGAUCAGGUUGAAAUGCACCUUCAAGUCGACUUCAUCUGUCACUGACAAACUCACUGUAGACUGGACGUAUCGACCUCCUGGCAGCAGCCGCACAGAAUCGAUUUUUCAUUAUCAGUCCUUCCAGUACCCAACCACAGCAGGCACAUUUCGGGAUCGAAUUUCCUGGGUUGGAGAUGUAUACAAAGGGGAUGCCUCCAUAAGCAUAAGCAACCCUACCAUCAAGGACAAUGGGACAUUCAGCUGUGCUGUGAAGAAUCCCCCAGAUGUGCACCAUAAUAUUCCCGUGACAGAGCUAACAGUCACAGAAAGGGGUUUUGGCACCAUGCUCUCCUCUGUGGCCCUUCUUUCCAUUCUUGUCUUCAUUCCCUCAGCUGUCGUGGUUGUUUUGCUGCUGGUGAGAAUGGCGAGAAAGUCUGCGGGGCUGAAGAAGAGGAGCAAGUCCAGCUAUAAGAAGUCAUCUAUUGAGGUUUCAGAUGACACUGACCAAGAGGAGGAUGACUGCAUGGCGAGGCUUUGUGUCCGUUGUGCUGAGUGCCUGGAUUCAGACUCUGAAGAGAUAUAUUGAUGAAAGUCUGCAUGGUAUAAGAAGAGUCACCUAAUAACAGAAAACAUUCCAUUCCACUGGCAGCUAAAACCUCUCAGAGAAGUGGAGCUGGCCUGGACAGCAGUGAUGGAGGGUUCUGGAAGUCAUCAGUAAAGACUUUAGGAGCCACUUAUUUAUUGAAGAAAUGUUCCUUUUGUAUUUAUAAACUGUUCAGAAACUCUCUGAAGAGACUCAUAACUACCCCCUUUUAAUAACUUAUACUCUAAUUGAAUGAAAGGAUUCUUUUCCUGAAUAGAAAGAUACAUUUUUUUCACCUUUGCUCUUGAAUGUAUUACAUGUUUUCUUCCAGUUAUUUGAGGGAGAAUCUUAAUGUUGGCCAUUCUGUUGAUGCCAAAAUAUUUUUCUUUUUAAUGAAAUGGAGACUAAUUUUCCGAUGUGCUAACAGUCAAAAUGUUUGUUUGGGAUAAGUGUUCUUUGUUUUUUGCUCCGUGAACGUUUUCAGCUGUGAGUUAGCACACGGCAUAUAUAGCACACAGUAUAUGGUUUA